GCGGCGGGGCGGCAGAGCGCCGGGGCCGUGGGCGCCCCCGCCCAGCACUGACCUGGCGUGUGAGGGACCGAGCGGGCCGGCGGCAGGACCUGUCAUGGGGGCGGCCCGGCGGGGCUGAAUGGAGCCCGGCGUGAGGGCCGCGGCGGGUGUCAGCCCCGCACAGCGGGAGCCGGGCUCUGCUGCCCCGGGCGGCCCUGGCUGGAGGAGCCUCUUGCGCCCCGCGCCGGACAGCGCCCUCCAGCGCCCAGCCGGCCCCUUCGCGGGCGGCGCGUGCGCAACUUUGAAAUUUCUUCUUGAACGAGAUUUAGAAGAAGAGCGUGAAGCAUUAUUAGAGGAUCAAAAAAUAUGUCGGAGUCGGGCACGAAAACUUUGUAUAGAGACAAACAGAAGAAGAAAAGCACUUGAGGAAAAACAGAAGGCAGUAGAAGAAAAAGAACUAAAAUCUAGAGAACAUAUCCUGAAACAAAGGAAACUGAAACUUCAAGAAGCAACUGAAAAGUUCCAGCGUGCUCAUCUCCCUUUUUCCCAACGCAGGAGAAUAGUCCAGAGAAAACCAGCUCCUCGAUUAGAAGAGGCCCUUGAACAAAUUCAAGGAUCAGUUUUAACAUCAGGGUUAUAUUUAUCAUCAUCUAAUAGGCACAAAAGUAGCUGCAGAACUACAGAUUCUCCCUCUGGUUCAUCAGCAUCUAAAAAUGGCUUCUUACAUCGGAAGCAGAUCUCCACAAAUGGUGGCUAUGAUAAAAUGAUCCAAGAAAACAGUGGAACAAACUUGGAUAGUGACCAACUUCUCUUCCAGCAAAAUCUGGAGGAAAUGCAGCGACUCCUUGAAGAACAGCAUAUCAGCAGCUUGGCGAAUUUUCACCAAGAAGUCAACCAAAUAACGAAUUAUGACAGCCCAUCAAGCCUGGACAGCCUUGAGGCAGGAGAACAAAAUGAAAAUUAUACAACACCCAGUGAAACAUCUUUGACUACACAGUGGGACGACUCUGUACCCUACAAUUCACAAAAAUCACAGUCUACGAAUAAGAGCUUCCUUGAUACACCUGAACUAACUUUUUCUAAAAAUCAGCAUGUAAAUAAUUGGCUGAUAAAUUUAGAUACCCCAAAUAGCCAGCCAAACACUCCUUUUCAUGACACUUUAGCUAAACAAAAUGUUCUAAUUCCUGCUGAAAAUGUACACAAUCCAAAACAGAAAUCAUUUGUUCUUAGUGGAACAGAAAAAAGAACAACAGACAUAUGUACUUCUGAUAAUCAAAUAACCUUUGUAAAUAGUCCGUGUACUUUUCUGCAAAAUAGGAAAGAGGAAAAAAACAAUAUGUUGAAAGUUCCAUCUUCUGGAAUGGUUAGUAGAGAGAGUUCAUUAGCCACUGAUAGCCCUGUGUUCAAAUCCAGCAAAGCCUGGGCCACCUCUGAUCCUACUCCAAGAGAAAGAGUUCUAGAUUCUGUACAGGAGCAGAGUUCUGAACUGACUCAACAGAGAAGAACCACCUCAUCAGUACAAACCUCAAAUCAGCCUAUGGCAACACCUGUCAUCUUACCUCCAAAACAGUGGAGUUCAGCUGGUGUUCACAACAGUACUUUCUCAUCUAAUCCUUUACAAAAGGGCAAAAAUACAAAUACAGUGCCAGGUACUGAUAAUCUUGACAAUUUGUCAGAAACAAAAGAUGAAAACAUAAACAAAUUUAAUGGUAUUAAUCUGGGAUCAUCUUUAUUUCAAGACACAUCUAAUGCUUCCAUUUUGUGCAACACUGAUCAAGAAGAGGACAAAAAAGAAGAAAAGGGAAAUGUGGAUGAAGCCAUGUCACCUUUGUCUAAUACAAAGUUUAAUUGUGACUUGUCUGAACAUCACAGAUACCUGAGAAAUAACAUGCAUGAGCGAAAGGGAGUGAAAUUGCCCAAAAGCAUUUUAAAGAAAGAAUCUAAAUAUGAAAAUUAUUGUUUCAAAGCAGUGGUUUUGAACCGAAGGAUCAGCUUUGGGAAUCAAACUGCAUCAUCUAUCAGAGACAGUCUAGAACUGGCAAAAAUAAAAGGGAAAGAUGCAGAAAAUCAAAAGACCAAUAAGAAACUUAGAUGGUUUGAUGAAAUUGACAAAAUAGUAGUAGAAGACGAUGAAAAGUGUUCAGAAAAGACCACCACAGGAGUAUCUCAAGCACAGUUGCAGCCAUCUUAUGUUCAAAGUAAACUCAAUGCUUCUAACAAUAAUUUAAGAAGUAUUCCUGCUUGUACCACAAAUUCUAUCUGCACAGAAAAUCACCAGGAUUAUCCUCCGAUAUUCACAAAAAUUGUUGCUGCUGGGGGCUCAGAAAGAGACUAUAUGCCUCUGCGUUCUUUUGUAUCUACAGGUUACCACUUUGCUAAACAAGCUUGGAUGGCAUCAAAGGGUGAUGAAAGUAAACCCCCUGCAUAUAGUGGUGACUCUAAAAUUCAGAAAGGUAAUCUGCGUAAAGGUAAGACAAAGAUAAUCAGAAGACCAAGAUCUGCCAAAACCCAGUCAGGUUUUACACCUAAGAAUAGAAAGGGCACUAUAAUCCGACCACAGUCGGCUAGUGAAGUUCAUAAGAUUAUAAAAGCUCAGGGUAAAAUCAUUGUACCUCAUCCACCACCUAAACCUGUACCAGGCAACAGGACUGAUCAGAAUGUAGCAGACACUAUGUGUCAACCAGUACAUUCUUCCAAAUGUCAAUCCAACACUACAAAUGGCAACUAUGUAAAUGCAAGACACCUUUUGCCAGCAGAUCAGGUUUUAAAUAGAACCACUAUAGAAAAUAAUAAGAGUAUUACUUGCAGUUCUGACUUGGUCACUGUGACAUUGGCACCCCCGCCUUCCUACAACGUAUCUCCAAGUGAGCCUUUGGAAAAGACAAAUUAUACUUUAAAUAAUAUUCAGACAAUUGCCCAACAAGACAGCUUGAUAACUGGUACCAAAAGGAAACCUGUAUGUGCAGAAAAUGGACUACGUCUUGAUCGUACACCAACUGAUGAAGAAAUAAAUCUUUUGUGGCAAGGUGUGCAUAGUGCCCUAGCUCAAAAGGAUUAUGCUGCGGGUGAUUUCCGGCAUUACGAUGCUUGUUACAAUAAUUCCUUUAGCACUAAUUUGCAAUCUACUAAAGCUAACAUAUCCCAUGUUACUAUUGAUGGUGGCAACCUUCUGACCAGUUUUAAAUCAUCUAGAAUGAAUGGAUUUUUCUCUUCUUCAUCAAAUGGCGCUGUUCCUGUUACAAGACGAAAGCAAAUUUCCGACAACAGCGAAAAUAAACGUAGAGCUCUUUUAGAACAGAGAAGACAAAUGGUAGCCUCUGCAGGAAGGAGAUCCACUUAUGAUGCACUGAAUACAGUACAUACUGUCCAGCUAAGUCCAUUUCAAUGUGCAUUUGAGCCAGUGCAAACUAUGAGUGGCAUCCCUAAUUCUGAUGAAGUUUCAGAAAGCACUGCCCAGUUUUUGCUGGCAGAAAAUCUAGCAGGUACAUCAGUUACAGAAGGUGAAAUCCUGGCUGCUAUGGAAACAGUGCAACCACCUGGACAAACCAUGCUGCUUAACAAGGCCCAGCGACGAGGCAUGAGUGCACUGUCACUAGAAGAACAGAAGAUUCUUCAGUCACUUGAUCGUCUCAAUCAAAGGUUGCAGAAUGUCCAAGAAACCAUUGCCAAAAACCUAUCCACGUCAAGUGUUUUACAGAUAAUCUCUCCUUCGAGUUUACAGUUUGACUCCGGCUCUAUAGAAGUCCGUGGGAGAGUUCGAUCUGCUUCAAUUCCCAUGGAUGUCAGUGAGAGAGGGGGGCAUUCAGUACCUCAGAGGAAAGGCUCAGCACUUUGCAGACUCAAGUCCCAAUUCAAGAUAUAGGGACACAAUUUUUUAUGUAGCUGAAAAUAGAAGAUCACAUGAUAUUGUCAAAUUUGGUUUUAUGUUAAACAUCAUAAAAUAUAAAUUGUCAUUUUGUGACCCUAGGCACCCCUGUAUUCACACCUUACACACUACUGCAUUAAUAUUUGUACAAAAUAUGCCUUUUGAAGUAUCAUAUGAAUGCUAGCAAUACACUGGUCAUUAAUAUUAUUUCUAAGAUGCAUAUGUUAAUCUUGUAUGUGAAAUUAUGAAUUCCCUCUGUAUGAUGUUACAAGAACCUGUUUAAGACAAGAGAGCUUAGCCUAGGUGAAGGUGAUAAACAGGUCUGUCCUAGACAAAGGCAUGUGGGUUUACUUCAAUUUGCAUAUUAGCAGUAAACAAAGCUAUCAAGCUAAACCAGUGUGUUAUCCUGAUCUUGAACUUGGGAGACAGAGAAUUAACAGGGCUCCUGCACUCCAGAGAGAUAGACGACUGAAUCCCCAGGAGGCCUCCCUAUCUUUUAAAACAAAACCAACCUCUUUGGGGAUAUAAGGAACAGAAAGAGACUCCAUCUUGAACCUUCACCUUAAGGAGACAAAGAAACUAAGUGAUUUAAUCUUUGUGAUAGAUCCUGACUAGGUCAGCCAGUAAAAGGCUGGAAAGGAGACUGGGGGUCAGAGAAACCAUCUUGAACAAAGACUGUAUCUUGCUAGAUUAAGUUUUAGACUUUUAGAUGCGUAUUUUCUCUUUUAGAUGCUUGUAACUACCUCUACCUUUAUCUCUUUUAUUUGGUAUCACAUAAUCCAUGCUCUUUUGUUAGUUCACUUGUUUUACUUUUACUAUAAACCAAUUCAGUGCAGUGUUUGAAGGGUUGUAUUUACCCCAGUUAAAUUAAUAAAGUGUGAUUGACUCUUUAACAGACCAGCAAACUUAAUAUCUUCUGUGAAUGCACAGUGUAGGGACUGCGCAUUGCAGAGAAACAUCUCGGAGGAGCUCAGGGGCUGGAGUUCACUGAUUGCUACUUACUAGGUGAGGUUUGGGCUGGGAGAGCCUUGAGGAGUUUGCCGGGAGGAAGACAGACUGGUUUAGCAGGCAGCUGACACACAGUCUAAUAGCCAGCAAAACUCGCUCUUGCUGAGACAGAGGGAUAACACAGUAGCUCACAGCUCUGGGUAUCCCCAGCAGUAUGUUACACAUAUAAAAGCAUUAUUCUUCAAUUUGUCAUAGAACAUUCAGCAAUCUGCAUCCUCCCCUUCUGUGGACCCUCCAUUAGCCAUGCGAAGGUAUCGGAGUAUGUCAGCUGACACUCUAUCACGACUA